CGAACAAGGAAGAGACCUGGACUUUCCUUUCAGCAAUACCAGUUGCUUAGGCAGCAGCGCACUGACGGAGCAAGAACAACAGGAAAUCCAGAGCCGGGGCUGGCACGGCGCAGAGAGAGCCUCCCGUUCUCGUGAAUGGGCAGCCGGCCGCGGAGUCGCCGUCAACCCAUCAAGCGUUCCUGAGCCAACGUGCCCGUCCCCUCGCUCCUCCAUUCACUUGUUCUGGGCGCGUUCAGGUUCUAAGUCCAAUGGCUUCAGGUGGUGCUUUGCAGAAGACGGGGGACAAGCAGUCUUCAGAAGAAUCCUCCAUUAAUGUCCCCAACCCACACCUUGUAAAGAUGAAAGAUGACAUCCUGUAUCAUUUUGCCCUUGGAACUGGUACUCACAAUCUUCCUGCCUUAUUUGGAGACGUAAAGUUUGUGUGUGUUGGAGGAAGCCCCUCACGGAUGAAAACUUUUAUUACCUACAUUGGUGAAGAGCUGGGAAUUGGCAGCCCUUGUAGUGACUAUCCCAACAUCUGUGCAGGAACCGACCGUUAUGCUAUGUAUAAAGCAGGCCCUGUCCUCUCAGUCAGUCAUGGAAUGGGGAUUCCAUCAAUUGCCAUCAUGUUACAUGAACUUAUCAAGCUGCUGUACUAUUCCAAAUGCUCCAAUGUGACUAUUCUUCGUAUUGGCACAUCUGGUGGAGUAGGUUUGGCACCAGGAUCGGUGGUGAUCACCAAGCAAUCUGUGGAUGCCACCUUCAAACCUCAAUUGGAACAGGUUAUUCUUGGGAAGUCUGUAUUUCGUAACACAGACUUAGAUGAGAAGUUGGUUGAAGACCUGAUGGAGUGUGCCAGAGAACUAGAUGAGUUCAAUACUGUGGUUGGAAAUACUAUGUGCACUCUGGAUUUCUAUGAAGGCCAAGCUCGUCUCGAUGGUGCAAUCUGCACAUAUACUGAGAAAGAGAAACAGCAAUAUUUAAUGUCAGCAUACCAGGCUGGAGUCAGAAAUAUUGAGAUGGAAUCAUCUGUUUUUGCAGCCAUGUGCAACAUUAGUGGCAUCAAAGGUGCUGUGGUGUGUGUAACUCUCCUGAACCGACUUGAAGGCGACCAGAUCACCACACCUCAUGAUGUGCUGAAAGAGUACCAGACGAGACCACAGAAGUUGGUGGGAUACUGGAUUAAGAAGCACCUGGGGAAAAAAUGACCUUUGUCAUCUUUGCACUGAAGUUAGAAACUCCAAUGUUUCUUCAUGUUGGAAGUGUCAGAAUGCCGGAUUCUCAAUUUGUGAAGAAGGAAUAAAACUCGGGUUCGUGGGAAAGAUCAA